GAAGCAUCUCACAAGCAAUAGACGAUCUUCGUUGGAAACAUGGCAGCGCUCAUGUGAAUGUCAUGCCACUCUAACCACACACAUUACCUGGACCAGUUCAUGUUUGGUUGCGAUUAGAGACACGUUGAAGGUGGCAUGUAAAUGACAUUUUGCAGGAAUGUGCUUUAAUUAAUGUCAGACAGCUUCAGACGACUCAGUAAGAUCCACAUUUUACUUCAUUCAUUAGCGGAGCAGCUCUCGGUGUUAGCAUCUUAGCUAAUCGGUGGGCAACUUCAGACGUGAUCACGAUGGAUCCUGACCAACAACUGAGAAAUCUGCGGGAUUUCCUGAUGGUUUACAACCGCAUGACUGAAAUCUGCUUCCAGCGAUGCAGCAGCAACUUCAACUACAGAAACCUUACCAUGGACGAGGAGCGCUGUGUGGACAGCUGUGCGGGGAAGCUGAUCCGCUCUAACCACCGCUUGAUGGGCACCUAUGUGCAGCUGAUGCCUCGGAUGGUGCAGCGGCGGAUGGAGGAGAUGGAGAGCAAGGCAGCAGAAUUAGCCGCGGCUGGGGCUGCGGGGCCUGCCGUCACAGAAGCUUCACCAGCAUCUGAAACCCCCAUCACCACAUCUCCACCCCCACUGUUGCCUCCAUCAGUGACUGAUGUUAGUCCAGAAGCCCAUGACUCAGUCUUAAAGCCAGCAGCAAUAGAUAUUCCACUUGAGCUGGAUGCUGCUGUACACAAAUCCGCAACAGCUGCAGAAGUCAAAUUAUCAGCCGCCACACCGUUCACACCUGCUACUGAAACAGUAAAUCUCUUAGCGCUUGAGAAAGCUGGCAGCGGACCGUCUUAUACAGCAGGCUCUCCACAGCCGCCCGUAGCUGGUGCCCACAUAGAGUCUGGCAGUUCAGUGCCAGUGUUAAUGCCAGCGAAACCAACUUCCUUCACAGAGGACCUGCCUGUGUCAACAGUAGCUGCUCCUACAGUGUCUAAAUCCACAGUGAGCCUGUCAGGCCAAGAGAGAGCCCCAGAGAUUCCCCCGCAGUCGGGCCAGUAAUGAGGCUCAGUCUGGAUCUGUCUCGCCCACACACACACACACACACACACACACUGCCCUAAUCUAACAAAUAACUCAUCACUGGCAGUCCUAAUUGUGAUGUUAAUCUCUGUAUUGCUGAAAAGAAGAGUUGAAUAUCAUCAUAUUAUAUAAUUUUUGCUGGUUACAGUUUCCCAAAUGGAAGGGUGCUCUGGUUUUCUGUGUUUGUUUUGUUUAAGCUCUGGUAACAUGAAACAGGCAAAAAUAUUUUUUUUUGACUAAAUAGUGAACUAUUCAAUAUGAAAAUAAUCUCAAAUUGUAACUUUAGUGCACUGUGAUCUAGCAGGGAAAUAAGAUGACCUGCAGAGAGUUUAUUAUAAAGUAACUUCUGCUACAGUAUUGCAAAGUAUGUGAGAAAUGUUAAUAACAAAAAAACAAAUAUGCUAUUAUUAAAGUCCCAGGUGUAAAAUGUUAUAUUCUUUGAUAUGAGGCAAAAACAAGAAUGAAGAUGUUAUAAGUGUGUCUGUGCAAUGGCUGUAGAAUAGUGAUUUUUAGUGAUGGUGGCAGUGUUGUUGCCAGGGGUCAAUCACCAGCCUGCAGCCUGGAUUAUCUCCACCUGCUCACAUUUGGACUUUCUGAUGAUCCCAUAAACACUGUAACUCUCUCAGUCCUCAUAAUUGUUUAGAAAAGUGUCACAGUACAUGCCAAAAAUAAGAUAAAUCUCAUUAAUAAAAAUAAUUUAAAAAGUA